AUGGAGCAAGACGAUCACAUUUCAAACGACGCCAAUGCUAUAAGCUCUCCUUCCCUGAAAUAUGUCCCUUUUAAGGUCUCUGAUAUUAAGAAGUCGCUUCUAUCAAAUAAAGAUGGUUUGUUGGUCCUUAUUUCAGGUUUCAUUUGCAAUUUUAUGGUUUUUGGGAUAGGAUUUACCUACGGUGUGUUUCAAGAGUAUUAUACAUCGAGCAAUGGUCCAUUGAGUCUGUAUUCUGAUUCUAAGGUGGCUAUAAUAGGCACCUUAUCUACGGGUCUCACAUAUAUAUUCGGAAUUUUCAACAAGUCGUUGAUGAAAUAUUCUAGUCCUAAAACAGUCAUGUUCGUGGGAAGCAUAAUAAUGUCAUUGGGAUUAAUUUUAGCGGGCUUUUGCAAUCAUAUAUAUCAAUUCAUCUUGACUCAAGGUGUGAUGUUUGGAAUUGGAUCGAGCCUUGUAUACUUACCACCAGUGGUCUGUGCACCUCCAUUUUUUACACAACACAGGGCAAUUGCAAUGGGAUUUUUGUUCAGUGGAACAGGGUUUGGUUCUUUAGCUAUCUCCUCUUUAAGCAGGUUUUUAAUUGCAGCAAUCGGCUGGAGGUGGUGCUUAAGAGUUCUUGGACUUAUCAACUUAAUCUUCACGAUCUUUGCUAGCUUUAUUGUGGUGGUACCGGAGGGAAUGAAUUUUAAAGAAGGAAAUAAAGUAAUUAGCUUGGGCCAAUUGAAAUCAUGGAAGGCUAUCUUUAUAUGCCUAGGAGGGUUGUUUCAAUCCGCGGGAUAUUUGAUUCCCUUAAUCUAUAUGUCAAAGAUGGCCAAAACUUUAAAUUUCACCAAUAGCCAGGGUGCCUUGUUUAUUGGUGUUAAUAACGGUGUUAAUGCUAUCUUCAAAAUUAUUUUAGGCUACGCGGGAGACAAGCUUGGACGAAUGAACACGAUUAUAGCUUGCAGCGUUGUGAGUGCUGUAACCAUCUUAGGAUUAUUGGGUACAGUAUCUAGAGACAGUUACAUCUCCUUCGUCGUGUUUUAUGGAGUUUUCUCCGGGGUUAUCGUGUCCUUGCUACCAACUUGCUUGGUGGAAUUGUUUGGAAUUGCGAAUUAUCAGGCAAUGAGUGGCUUGAUGUACUUUAGUAGGGGCAUCGGUAAUAUGUUAGGAUCGCCAUUGGCCGGUCUAAUGAUUUCGAACGACGGUUUAAGUUUUACUGAUUAUAAGUUUCCUAUAUUAUACAAUGGUCUCUUAUUAGUAGCUAGUGCGUCAUGCUUAGCUGUUCUCAGAGUUGUGGUGAGUGCCGAGAGACAAGUAACAGGGUGGAAAUUUUAG